GAUUAAUUAUUAUUAAACUACUCAGAAGUUUUGUUUCAUGUUGAGAAAGAUGAAGAAGAAAUAUUAUAACUUCACAAAUAUUUAAUCUGAAAUUAAAAUACAGGUCCAAGUUGUACAUCCAGCGAGAAGACAAAUACGACUCUCUUUGGAUGUUGAAAUUAUUCUCCCUGGAUCUCUGGCACGCGAUUCUGUGGAUGUAUUUUCUGAUAAGCGCGUGUAGCUACGUUUCCGAAACCGUAGGAACAAUCCUUACUCACCAGAAGUACGAGGCAGACUUGAGCGAUCAUCUUUUCUACAAUUUUGGAAUGAUUUAUUGCGACCAAAGCUACCUUCCAGACAGUUCCUCCAUAAGCUCCUGCAUAGUGGAACUGUGUUUAGGUAUAUUUUCCCUGUUAAUUAGAACUGCAUUCGGAGCAUUCGUGUUCGAGUACUUAUCACAAAUUACUGCUUCACCACCUUUUGACGAUGUAGACACACUAUUGGAGAGAACUGCGUACAACGUUGUUGCGGUAUCGGGUUCUGUUCAUGAACAAGUAUUAAAGAGAAAUCCAAUUUUUGGAAAAGUGUAUGACAUGAACCGAUAUGUUAUUGUACCAACGAUAGAAGAUUUAUACACAACGGGAUGUUCAACGCGCAAGAAAUACGCUAUAUUGCAAGCUGAAGACAGAAAGAAAGCAGCUGGAUUGUUCAUCUGUCCUCUGACUCCUGUGGGACCACACGUAUUCGAGUCGUGGAUAACUUCUGGAGUUGCACGGAAUUUCGAGUACUGGAAGACUGUAGAUCUGAUAAUAUUAAAGCUACAUGAAGGUGGAAUCAUAAAGCUGUUGAGAGAACGCUGGAUAGAAUCAAAGAACGUGGAAGAGAAGUUCGAACCUGGGGUAGAGCCGAUCAACAUGACGGAAGUGUAUUUAGUUCUAAUUGUAUUUGGCAUUGGAUGGUUAAUAACGCUUCUGGUAUUUAUGCUGGAAAAUAUGAUAUAUAUCUAUUUUAACGAGCAGACUGAUAUUUCAUCGUUGGAGAAGUCAAAAGUCAAGCCGACCAGAAGGAGGACGAAGAGGAUAGGAUUGUUUAAUCAGAGGUCCAAUACCUUCAGAGGAUACUGA